AAAACGUUUACUGCCACUGAAUUCAAGGUCACCUGGUUCAGGCGAAUCGAAUAUAGUGUGAUAUCGCAUACCUGACAACAGGUAACAGCUACGCUACAGCAUUAUCAACAACAGUCAACAACGGCAACAACAUUCUUAUUUCUUGCGACUUGUUUUCGGAAGCAGACCGUUGUCCGUUGCUCAUCAAUACUCAAUUAUUCAAGUGUCACACGGUGUUAAAUCUGGGUUUACGCAUAAAUCUACGGGCUACGAGUUUGGUGAAUUAUUCUCCGGGUCGUCAAAAAUUAGUGGGAACCCUAGUCACACCUCAGACGGAAACUAAAAUGGCCACCAAACACUUGUCCAAAGAUUCCGUUGAACCACCAAAGGUGCUAGGCUCAUUGCGCUUUUAUUCGAUGCGAUUUUGUCCAUAUGCGCAGAGGGUCCAGCUGGUGUUGAAUGCCAAGGGUACACCACAUGACACGGUGUUCAUUAAUCUGUCAGAAAAGCCCGAAUGGUACUUGACAAUCUUCCCGGCUGGUAAGGUUCCGGCUUUGAUCUAUGAUGGUAAAUUUCUUUCUGAAAGCCUGAUAUUGGCAGACUUCCUCGACGAACAGUUCCCUGAGCCGCCUUUGUGGAAUAGCAGUCCUCUCCAGAAAAUAUUAGAUAAACUCGUCAUAGAGUCUUUUGGAAAAGUAGGAACAGCAUUUUAUAAGUUAAUCAUGACCUCAGAAAAAGUAGAAGAAAAAUACUUUGAUGAACUCGUUGCUAGUUUAAUUCCCAUUGAAACAGAAUUAGCUGAAAGAGGAUCAACAUUUUUUGGAGGUGACAAGCCCAAUAUGGUUGACUACAUGAUAUGGCCUUGGUUUGAGCGUUUAGAUUCUAUUGAUCCUUAUACUCAGGGAAAGUUUGUUAUCCCUUUUAAUGACAAAUUUCCCAAACUGGCUAAGUGGAAAAAUUUAAUGAUUGUUGAUAAGGCUGUUGCACCAUACUAUCUUACUCCAGAAAAGCACGCCGAACAUUUUACAAAAAGAAAAGCUGGAUUACCUGCUUAUGACAUUUAAAACAAUCCUUAUUGUGUAGGUACUUGAGGCUAAAACAUUGCACUUUUCAAACUCAAACAUUGUUUUAAAAUUUUUAUUUAUAUUUUAAUAAAUACCGUUAUUUUCUAACAUAA